AGUGUGGAGAAGGUGUAAGAUAAUAGUGUGCUACCCCCUGGAACAAAGGCAGCCUUCUUUGUGCUGCAGAAAUUUGAAUCACAGAUCAGUUUGAGUUAAGGAAGGGACUUAAAGACCAUCCAGAUGGCCUUGGCCACAUCCAGGGAUGGGGCAUCCACAGCUUUGCCAGGCAACCUGUGUCAGUGCCUCAGUGCCCUUACAGGAAAUAAUUUCAUCCUUAUAUCUAAUCUAAAUCUGCCUUCUGUCAUUUUGAGGCCAUGCCCCUUGUUCUAUCACUAGAACUCUAUUGCCUUGUGAAAAGUCCCUCUCCAUCUUUCUUGUAGGACCCCUUCAGGUACAGAAAGUCCUGAAUUAUGUCACCCUGGAACCUUCUCCACGCUGAGCAAUGCAAAUUCGUCCAGCCUUUCAUCAGAGAGGUGCUCUAGCCCUCUAAUUAUCUUCAUGGCCUUUAUGUUUGUGUAGCAGAGUUGAUUGUGGGGGGAAAAGUCUCGGGUUUGUUAGCACAUCCCACGAGCCAGGCUGCUCUUUAACAUGAGCAAAUUAACCCCUGUCUUAACCAUCUGAGUGCAACUGAUAAAAGCAUUAAGUCAUGGUAAAAAUAAAGGCAGCAGCUGUAACCCAGUGCUCAAAUGAGGACCAGUGAACAGUCAGGGUGCCAUCAAUACCCUCACUCAUGGCUCCACUUGCCUCCAAAUCACCCACUGUACGAAAGUGCAGAAUGUGAGUGUUCAUAAAGGCUGCAUUUAAUGCAGAAGGGCAAGGCCACUGCCAGUGUCACUGACAAGAGAUCGUAAUAAUAAAAAUAGGCAGCGUUUAUUUUCCUGAUGUAUGUGAUCCAUGCUCAAUUUCCCACCAUCAGUUUAAGUGUAUGAAAGGGUCAUUUUGAGUCUGGGCAGAGUGCCAGGGGUGAGCUGUGCAAAUAUAUAUAUAUAUCUAUAUUUUGUGAAGGGUCCAUCCUGGAUUUUAGCUAGGCUGUGGCAUUGCAUGCUGUCUGAAGAGGAGGGACUAAAGAUCAAUGAGGAGAAAAGGCAAACAAGACAAAAGCAGACCUGGAAAAGGCAGAAACAAAUGGUUGUAUGUAGGAAAUGAGGUCCACUGCCAGGUGGAAGUAGGACAUGCUGGUUCACAGAAGUUGUAAGAUACUCCAUCCUGUCUCUCCUCAGAGAUGAAGGAGCCAGAGACCAAAUGGAUCUCAUGGAAAGGAACUCCUGCAGCUUUGAGGGGCUUCUCUAGCACAGGGGUAGGGAUGUUUGUGGAGUUCUGAGUUGGAGCCUUUGCGUUUCCUGGCCAAGUCUCAGAAUUCCCAAAGUUGCCUUGCUGUGCUGGGAGGCAGAGGCCUCUCCUUUGUGGACUUCUGAAAACCAUAGAAGAGCUCACAGCUGAAGUGGGAAGCUCCUGUGGCUGGUGCAGGGCCAGGCAGCUGUGACAGCACAGCUCAGAGUGACAAAACCCUGGCAUCUCUCACAGCCCUCGGGCUGCAUUAACACAAACAGCACCCUUGAGCACAUCAUCUGAAAAAUCUCCUUGCAAGAAAAAUUGCUGCAGCCCUUGGCACCCUCUGUCCUUUUGGUGCCACUUGGAACUGAAAACUUUUCCUUCAGGCCUCUGGCAGCUUCUGAGCUACCAAUGCAGGGAGAAGAUGCCUCCAGCCUGUUUUCUGCUUCUCCAGCUGCAGGUAAAGGAGCUGGUGUUUCUGCAGAGCAGCAAAACUGGGAGAUAGUUCAGUAAACCAGGGCUUCAUCCCACCCCAUGCUUGUUGGAAGAGGUUUAAACUUCACAUCCACAACCACUCCCUGCCUGGCUGAGAUGAGAGUCCAGCAAGCAGCUGAGUCCCUGGAUCCUGGGAAAUAAAGAGAGUUUGGAAACUUUUCAGCAGGGCCUGGGAGCUGCCCUGCAUUGUGCUCUGGAGGUGUGUGCUGCUGCAGGGAAUGAGGGUGAAUGGAUGUGCACACACAGCCUGGAAUUCGAGCUUUAGCGAGUGUUGGGAAAAAGGAGGCCACGCUGCUUGUCCAAGGCAACUGUUCCAGCAUGUCUGCAGAUGACAGGAACCCUGGGGAAGGGCCUGGUUAGGAUGUGAUUAAAGAGAUUGAAAACCUAGAAUGGCAGGAGAACAGAAGCCAUCCUGCAAUCUUCUGGAGCAGUUCAUUCUCCUGGCCAAAGGAACAAGUGGCUCAGCUCUGACUGCUCUUAUAAAUCAGGUGCUGGAAGCUCCUGGGGUUUAUGUCUUUGGAGAGCUGUUGGAGUUAACAAAUGUGAAAGAGCUUGCUGAGGGGUCUAAUGCUGCUUAUUUCCAGCUGCUGAACCUGUUUGCAUACGGAACCUACCGGGACUAUGUGGCAAACAAAGACAACCUGCCUGAAUUGACAGUGACUCAGAAAAACAAGCUGAAGCACUUGACGAUCGUAAGCCUGGCUUCCCGAAUGAAGUGCAUUCCCUAUUCUGUGUUGCUGAAGGACCUGGAUAUGAGGAAUCUGAGGGAGCUGGAAGAUCUCAUUAUUGAAGCAGUUUACACAGAUAUUAUCCAAGGGAAGUUGGAUCAGCGAAACCAGGUGUUGGAGGUGGAUUUUUGUAUUGGCAGAGACAUUCAGAAGAAGGACAUCAGUAACAUUGUCAAGACACUCCAGGAAUGGUGUGAUGGCUGUGAAGCAGUUCUUUUAGGAAUUGAGCAGCAAGUACUUAGAGCCAACCAGUACAAAGAGAACCACCACCGAACUCAGCAGCAGGUAGAGAUGGAGGUCACAAACAUAAAGAAAACAUUAAAAGCUACAGCCUCGUCGUCGGCACAGGAGAUGGAGCAGCAGCUGGUAGAGCGAGAGUGCCCUCCACACACAGAACAAAGGCAGCCCACAAAGAAGAUGUCCAAAGUCAAAGGGCUGGUCUCCAGCCGUCACUAGAACAUGCCAUCUAAAUGUCAUUCAGUUAGGAAUGACAGCAGGAGGAGCAAAAAGGGCCUGCGUCUCCUUUUUCAGUGGGUUCUGGGCCAGCCCCUUCCCAGCUGGCAAGUAAAAGCCCUGUUUGAACAGCUCCCAGUUAGCAGCACCUGGCUAAGUUACACUGUGCAGCUCCUUUGAGUUUUCAGGGUGUCCUUGUUCUGGUCCUGCCAAGAGGGACUUUUAAAGAAAGGGACUAACCAAAAGGGGCAGGAAAAAAACAAAAUAUCUGUGGACCGUUUUGCUCCCUCCCAGCUAGUUCAUUGCUGCUUGACCUUGAGGAAGCUGCUCUACUGAAUCAGAUCAUGGGAGAGCUUCUAUAGCAAGCAUCUGAAUCCCAGGGUUGAAGUGUGGCUACCAAAGCCAGGCUGGGAGCGAGGAAGCCAUCAACACAGAUCUUUUCAUUCCCAAAGGGAGCACAGGAAGGUUUCUAGGCCAGGAACUGCUUUACAUGGAAGCCUUCAGCCUUUCCGCUACCCCUGUCUAUUUUAAACUGGGGUGAAAUUCACACUACCUCGCUCUGUGAAGAUGAGUUCCAGUGCUGGGCUGUUUACUUAACUGUCUGUUUACUGCCCUUACUAAGCCCUUUAAUCUCUCACAGAUUUAAAGCACUGUUCUGCAUCUCUGAGGCAUCAGUACAAUAAGGAGGAAGCAGGCUGCUCUUUCACACAGACCUUGCAGGUGGUUAGGGGCAUGCUAGAAACUUCCUCCUGAAUGUGAUGUGACCUCCCAGAGCUGCUUGUGAGUUCUUUCCCCCAUUGAUACCUUCAAAGGGUAAUGCAUUCACUCUUCCUUGGAUGCUGGUGACAGUGGGAGGAGCCUGUUUGGCAUGGAGGCAGGCUGGUGGCCCAGGACCCACUGGCAGGGGUCGCAGCAGCAUCCCCUUGCUGAAGCAAUGGACUUGAUGAGUCUUUCUGAAUUUUGAACACUUUCAGGUUGUAUUUUCCUCCUUUUUUUUCCCCUUUUUUUGUUUUGUUUUGUUUUGUACAUUGUUGUGAUUCUAAAGCAUUUCAGCCUUUGUUUUGUGGGGGUUUUUUAUUUGUUACAAACUAACUUCAGGUGAUUUGCACCUAGUUUGGCACGGUGUGGGGUUUUUUUUAAGGGGGAAGCAUUGGAACAACAAUUCAUAAAAAAGUACAUUUUAGAAAAAAAAUUAAAAAUGCUGAUUUAA